AUUCUUCAACUAGCUACCACGAAAGUACGUGGUGCGUGCGGAGCAAAAAAUAUUAUAGUGUUAAGUAAUUUAAUAGUUCACAUUCAACAAAAUGAGGGAAAUCGUGCACAUUCAAGCUGGACAGUGCGGCAACCAGAUCGGCGCUAAGUUCUGGGAGAUCAUCUCAGACGAGCACGGCAUCGACCCCACUGGCGCCUACCAUGGCGACUCAGACCUGCAGUUGGAGCGCAUCAACGUUUACUACAAUGAAGCCUCCGGCGGCAAGUGUCCCCGCGCCAUCCUGGUGGACUUGGAGCCCGGCACCAUGGACUCCGUCCGCUCUGGACCUUUCGGACAGAUCUUCCGCCCCGACAACUUCGUGUUCGGACAGUCUGGCGCCGGCAACAACUGGGCUAAGGGUCACUACACUGAGGGCGCCGAGCUCGUAGAUUCAGUUUUAGAUGUCGUACGAAAAGAAUCAGAAUCCUGCGACUGCCUCCAAGGUUUCCAGCUCACACACUCGCUCGGCGGCGGCACCGGAUCCGGUAUGGGCACACUCCUCAUUUCAAAAAUCAGAGAAGAGUACCCCGACAGAAUAAUGAACACAUACUCAGUUGUACCUUCGCCCAAGGUGUCAGAUACAGUAGUAGAACCUUACAAUGCCACACUCUCAGUCCACCAGCUAGUCGAAAACACAGACGAAACCUACUGCAUUGACAACGAGGCUCUCUACGACAUCUGCUUCCGCACGCUCAAACUGUCCACCCCCACGUACGGCGACCUUAACCACCUCGUGUCGCUCACCAUGUCCGGCGUCACCACGUGUCUGCGGUUCCCCGGUCAACUGAACGCCGACCUUCGCAAACUGGCCGUGAACAUGGUUCCCUUCCCGCGUCUGCACUUCUUCAUGCCCGGGUUCGCGCCGCUCACGUCCCGCGGCAGCCAGCAGUACCGCGCGCUGACCGUGCCCGAGCUGACGCAGCAGAUGUUCGACGCCAAGAACAUGAUGGCGGCGUGCGACCCGCGCCACGGCCGCUACCUCACCGUGGCCGCCAUCUUCCGCGGUCGCAUGUCAAUGAAGGAAGUCGACGAGCAGAUGCUCAACAUCCAGAACAAGAACUCAUCCUACUUCGUGGAAUGGAUCCCCAACAACGUGAAGACCGCCGUGUGCGACAUCCCUCCCCGCGGUCUCAAGAUGGCCGCCACCUUCAUCGGCAACUCCACCGCCAUCCAGGAGCUGUUCAAGCGCAUCUCGGAGCAGUUCACGGCUAUGUUCAGGCGCAAGGCUUUCUUGCAUUGGUACACCGGCGAGGGCAUGGACGAGAUGGAGUUCACAGAGGCGGAGAGCAACAUGAACGACCUGGUGUCGGAGUACCAGCAGUACCAGGAGGCCACCGCCGACGAGGACGCCGAGUUCGACGAGGAGCAGGAGCAGGAGAUCGAGGACAACUAGGCGUCCUCUCGACUCUCGUCCCAAGUCCCUCUACUCACACUACCCAGUCCCGUCUCCCGCGAACCGCGUCGCGUGAUGACUGCAUUUUUUUGCUUCGAUAGUAUUUUUACUGAGUACUUUUUUUACAAUAUUUUUGACAUUUUAGUUCCCCACCUCUAGGGAGUACACAUUGAUGUUGCGAUGUAUGAAUAGCGGUUACAUUCCCGGUUGUUUUCCUUGCCGAAGGGCGGCUCUCUCUAAUGUUUAUUAUCGAAUAAACAGUUUCCGAAAUGACGUGGCCCCUUCCCUACCAUCGUAUGGUGCUGAAUACGCGACACGAAAGGAAAAGAUCUUUUUGAUAAGGCUGAACUUGAGUUUUUAAUACCUAAGUUAAUUAUUAAUUCUUUGUUUUGUAACCAGUGUGAUUUUUAUUGGCUUUUUUACUAAAAAGCUAAUUGUCGUACAAUUUUUCGAAGUCGAUCAAAGUUUUUAAUUAUUAUAUUCCAGCUGGUGAAUAAUAAAAAUACAUUGAAUUUA